CAAAAAAUAGAACAACAAAUGAUUGCAUUCAAUAAAAAGAUCAAUGUGAAACGAACUCAACCUGAGUGCGAUUACAUAAAUGCCCUUGUCGAUCAGAAAAUCGAACAGCAAAUGAAUAAAUGGAAUAAAAAGAUGAAUGCCAAACGAAAUCAACCCGAGUUUAAUUCCACAAUUGCCCUUUUACAACAUAAAAUAGAUCAACACGUUUCAUGGAAUGAACAGAUGAAUGCUGCAUAUAACGGUCAGUUGUCCAAGCUCCAAGGUGACAUAUCAACAAUUAAUUCUACCAUAGAAAACAUUGUUGCUGAUAUAGAUCGUAACAAAAAAAGUUUAAUUAGAAACAACUUACACAAAGCGGAACUUGAAAAAUAUAGGGAGUAUAUGGAUACAUCUCAUGAGUGGCAAUUUACUAUAAGCAAUCGUGUCGACAACAUCGAACGAAAGGCUUUACAAGUUACAGAGUUGCUCAACGAAAUUAAAGUCCUGGAGAAUAAGAUCGCAGAUAUCGAACAAAGGGGUAGAGAAAAAAAUAUUGAAAUAUCUAACUUGCCCGAAAACAAUGACGAAGACUUAUAUAAAGUGUUAGAAGAGUUAUGCGGUUUAAUGGAGAUAUCUGUAAACUUAUCCGAUAUAGAGUCUAUUAAUAGAGUACCUCAUAUGGAUAAAAAUGAUCAACGGCCAAGAAACAUAAUUGUUAAAUUCUUUACUAAACGCCAGCGUGAUAAAGUACUGCAGAACUGCAAACCAACCAAAGGAUUUAUGGUUAUGGGUAAACCACACAUGGUUUUUAUAAAUGAGCAUUUAACGAUCAGGAACAAACUCUUGUAUAAACAAUGCAGGGAAGCUGCCAAAAGGAAUGAUUUCAAGUAUACUUGGAUCAAACACGGAGUAAUACUCAUCCGUAAAUCAGACAUAUCUCCAGUAUUUGCUGUAAGAACGCAUGAUGAAAUUGCAAAAAUUCAGUAAAUUUUGAAUUUUUUUGGAGGCGUUACUUUAUUUUCUGUUUAUUUUGAGCCUCUUGAUUGAUUUCAUAAGGGAAAUUCUGUUUCUUAUUGUUUCUAUAUUGAUAUAUAUGAAGAUAAACAAUUCCACCCAUAGAAAUUCAUUUUUCGAAUUCGAAAUUGUUUAUACACUUUAGGGAACCUAUUUUUCAAUUUAAUUUUUUAAUUCAUUUUGAUAUGAAAUUUCAUUUGGUAUUAUUUAUUCCGAUGAAUUUGUUAAUUAACCACACCUUUUACCUUGUUGCAUAUGUAAUGUAUGUAUCAGUACAUAAUGCAACAAGAGUCCGCGUUCCUAUUUAUGAGAACAGGAUCAAUAAAUUGCGGGCGGCGGACAGCGGGCGCGGGCGGGUAUCGGUGCAACAACCUCGAAUGCAGGGACGCACCGCCACGCGCCAUGCGCAAUGCAUGCACUCCCCGCUGUCCCGCCAGCCAGACGCUUCACCAUCUAUAUGACAGUGUAGUAUAUCACUAGGCAACCAUGUUUCCGACAUUAUAAUGCCGCCAGAUGGGGAGGAGGGAGCGAUUGUUAACAAUAGGGAUUAAAUUGGAAUUCAAAAAUAAUUUCAUCAUGAACCAAUUUAUAUUGUAUCAACAUUCUUAUCCCAACUGUCCAGUUCAGUCUAUAGAUUUCAUUGAAGAGAACUGGCAUUGCUAGCAAUGUACAAUACGAAGACAGAUCGAUCGACCUUCGCGCCUUUUCCUAAGAAAAUUAUCAAUGAAAUUUUUUGCGAUAUCGCCACGAUGGGCUAGGUCACGUAACUUUAUGCUUGUUUUAUGAUCCGCCUAUGCACCGCCGGUGCACUGCCACUAAAUCAUUAGAGCAUGCAGGUGCACCAGUUAUAUUAUUUCACAUUAGUAAACUAUAAUUUGUUAUAGUUACUUGCGACAGAGAUUGAUACUUGUAAUCCACAAUCAUUUAUUUUCAUGAAUUUUAACAUGUAUCCCAAGAUAAUAUUUGCUAUAGAAAAAUAUCAAAAUAAGUAAAAAGUAUGAAGAAGUUGAUUUUUGAUAAAAUAAUUUUAUCUAACCUACUCGUAAAAUAACUAUGUUGGUAUAUGUUUGAAGAUACGAUCUGAUUGAUUUGUAACAAUUCGUUACAGAUUUUUACUAAAUCCAUGUCGAAAUUCAUAUCAACUGUGUCCUACCUCUUUCUGUACCUAUAGUACAAACUCCGGUAAAAAGUCAUAUUAACCGAUUUGUUAACACUUUUAACAAUUCUGUCGAUAUUAUACCCACAAGUGUUAAUAUAUUUACAACACUUAUUAUUGAUAUACUUUUAAACGAAGAAUAACUUUCUACACUUUUGGACUUGUAUUUUAAUAUUAUGACUUCAUAUAGUAUGUAAGCUAUAAAGUGGUGAUACGCCACUAUUUCUUAAUAUUGUAUUCUUAAUAAUAGUAGGUUAAGGUUACUGUGCGAAUAGCACAAUUAAUAUUGAUGUAAUGGACAUUUGUCGUUAAAAUUGUGUGUUUGUAGAUCCAGUUAAUUAUAAGGAAAUUAUACAGGUUUUAAUUUGGUCUCCCAAUAAGAUUAUAGGUAUUUUUUGUGUAGAUUAUACACUGUUGCUUACAAGUCAAAAACCAACCUAAAAAAUAAUUAAAUUAAACCUUUCUAAUAUUGUAUUCAAUAAACUGAUUAUUUUGCUUUGUAUUAAAAUUAUUAACUUAGUUUGGAAUGAUACGAAUUCUUUGGUUUGUUAAAAAAACAGUACUAUUUUCUGGCCCUAUUAACAUUGUAUUAGUAUUAUUAAACAUAGUUUAAUAUUCUAUUCAUUAAGUGACGAAUGUGACAUUCAUUAUAGAAGUCAUCAUUAGAGAAUAAGACUUAGAUGAUAAGAUUGUAUUUUAUCAAAAUAACGAAUUUAAAUUUUAUCCUCUUCAUAUCUCACUCGCAAAUACGCGAUGUUCUUGUACCUUUUGAAGGAGACGAUGAUUGUUUCGUGGGGUUGAAGUGGAAUGCCAAUUUCGAAGACUUAAAAUUUGUAAUUUCGAAUUGCUUCGGGAAGACUAAAUGUAUACUAGUAUUGAACGCAGCAAUUCUAUUUAGUGGAUAUAUGAUAUAGACAUUGUAAUGUCUUAGGUUUAAGAUUGUGUCUAAUACUAAAUAAACAAUUUC